AUGGAUAGCUUCACCGCCGAAGAUCUAUCCACGAUCGGGGGAAUCGCCACCGUCUCGCUUCUUCACUCCUUUAUCCCCACCCACUGGCUGCCUUUCUCCAUUGUCGGCCGCGCUCAGAAAUGGACUCUCUCCAGAACCCUUCUCGUCACUGCUUUUGGGGCAGUCUUGCAUGUUAUCUCAACUUCGCUCCUGGGCAUCACAGCAAUCACAAUGGCAAAUACAAUUGCCGGUGAAGAAACAGUGCACAAGCUAGCUUCACUUCUUCUCGUAAUUCUCGGAGGUAGUUACGUGUUACUGUUUCUCUCUGGGAAAGGUGGGCACAGUCAUUCACAUAACCAACCAAUGGAGAAAAUGGCGGUUGCAGGGCUUGUUCUUGUUCCUGCAUUAUCUCCUUGUGCGACUACUCUUCCAGUGUUCCUUGCAGUUGGUAAUUCAUCCUCUAUGAUGGUGCUUGCCAUCAUCGUGCUGCUAAUCAGCACGAUAACUGUUAUGACUUCACUGGUGGCUCUGUCAUUCUACGGCGCCAGUCAGAUCAAGUUCCACUGGGUGGAACGCUACGACAAGCUUUUGGUGGGAUCGGUUCUAUGUCUGGUGAAAGGAAACAAAAAUGUAAAGUGUUUGUUAAGCUGUAGUAGGAUGCUUCUUCUUGCUGUUCAUCGAGGCACAGGAUCGACUCUGAACUGGCAUAUCUACGAGGGUUUCAAGCUGAACAGAAUGGCGGUGCUCAGUUGGAAGCACCACACCGUCAUCCAAGCUCUGAUGGCGCGUGGUCCGCUCAUGGAGGACGAGUUCCGCAAAAUCUACGCCGACGUUACUGGGAAAAACCCUCGCGCUAACUCAAAGGACUUCAAUGAUUUCACACUGAAGAUAAAUAAGGAGCUUUCGUUUGUCCAGAUGGAGUUGAGGUGCUGCCGGAACCAAAAUGAUGGUCGAGUCUAUUAUGGAUUGGUCAACAAUAUUGCUGAUGAACAAUCCAAGCUGGGGACGAAGUACUCUAUCCCACAUAUUGCUUUGUUUAAGGGAAUCGUAGAAGCGAUUAUACAAGAUGAAGCUGCUCAGGGUUGCAUAUCCACCAUUACAGCUCUCAACAUACGACUGGAGAAUCAGGUCCAGUUGGCAGGAGGUUCCCAGUCACAAGAUGGUCCACCUGAAGUCCCAGCUGCAAUAAGGAAUUUCUCAAUGUCCCAGAAGGACAGGGCUAUCGAUGAACUCAUACGAGACAAUUGGCUUUCUCAAACUACUGAUGGUGAUGUUGCCUUAGGGUUCAGAUCCUACCUUGAUCUAAGGAGCUUAUUCCAUAACAUGGGCAUUCCUCCUUGUGAAGUCUGCAAUGAAAGCGGCGUCAAGGCUAAAGUGUGCCCAACUGAAGGAUGUAAUGUGCGAAUUCACGAGUACUGCUUGAGUAAGAAACUAUCACGGAAAAAGGACAAGAUAGUAUGCCCGAGUUGUGGCAUUAAUUGGCCAUUUGCCGCACCAAAGAGCGAACCAGUGGAGGAAGAAGAGGAUGAGCAGCCGACUCAAACUCAAACCCAAACGCAGCAACCAUCAUCGAGUGGAUCCAGAAGGAAGCGGUAUCGAUUCUCGGUUGACGUAGAACCCAACCCUGCUUCCGCCGAAGCUUCUCAACCGGCUCCCUCUACGAGAAGAAGCACCCGAUUUUCUGGACGAUCGAGGUAG